AUGGAUCCUUUGAAGUAUAUCUUUCAAAAGCCCAUGCCCACAGGUAAACUGGCAAAAUGGCAGAUAUUGUUGAGUGAAUUUGACAUAGUGUAUGUCACACAAAAAGCAGUGAAAGCACAAGCAUUAGCAGACCACAUGGCAGAGAAUACCGUGGAUGAUGAUUAUAGGCCGUUGAAAACUUACUUCCCAGAUGAAGAGGUGGCCUUUGUGGGAGAGGAUGUUUCUGAAGAAUAUGAUGGAUGGAGAAUGUUCUUUGAUGGAGCUAAAAAUCUGAAUGGAACCGGCAUCGGGGCUGUUUUGAUCUUACCCACUGGGCAACAUUAUCCAGUAUCAGCAAAACUCAGAUUCCUUUGCUCAAAUAAUAUGGCCGAAUACGAAGCCUGCAUACUAGGUCUCCGACGGGCGAUCGACUUGGAUGUCCCGGAAAUGCUAAUAAUAGGGGAUUCAGACCUAUUGAUCCAUCAGGUUCGAGGUGAUUGGGCAACAAAAAUUGAAAGUUGUUACCAUAUUUUGAAUGCGUGCAUAGGCUAUGUAAAAGGUUUGUCAAAACAGAAUUUAGACAUGUACCAAGGGUCCAAAAUGAAUUCGCAGACGCCUUAG